CUAAAGUGUGAAAUUUAGUAGAGAAAGUGAAGUGUACAUGCAUGAGAAAGAGAGAGAAUAGAGAUACAGUAAGAGAAGACAUAUAUAUGCCAUGAAAUUUGCAUUUAUUCUUCCUUCAUUCAAUAUUUCCAACUGUUCGCUUUCUCCGCCUCUAUUUAACACACGCUACUCCACACUGUUUGAGCCAUCAAUCAAGAAAACAAGGUGAAUAAAAAUUUAAUUAAUGGCGAAGUUGUGGUUGAUGUUUGUGGUUGCUCUUGUUGCAGCUCAUCAGAUUGCAGCUAGGGUUUUGCCUGCCGACGGUUACGCAGACCAGAAGAAUUUUGCCACUUUCGGAGGCCUCGGCGGCUACUCCGGCAUCGGCGGAAGCGGCCUCCCCUUCGGAGGCAUUGGCGGCGGCCUAGGUGCCACCGGCGGCGGACUCAACGGCGGAAUUGCCGGUGGCAUUGGAACACUGCCGACUGGUGGGCUUGGAGGGCUUGGAGGCGGAAUUGGCAAUUUGGGCGGACUCGGCGGAGUUGGUGGCGGAGAUGGUGUCGGAGUCGGCGGUGGAGCUGGUGGAGGUACCGGAGCUUCGCCGUACCCUUGAAGUUGUGAUCUCUUUGCUACUUCAGCUUGCAAUGUGUUGCAGUUUUCAGUGUGCAUGUGUAUGUGCGAUGUCGUUUCAUUAGUUUGUUUAGUUAAUUUGUGGUUGUUUGUCAAACCUUUUGUUUGUUACGUGUUACUCUAGAUAAUUAAUUAGUUUCAUAUUGUUAUCAUCGAUUGUCAGUGAAUUCAAAUUUGUUAAUCAGCACUCUUAUAUAGAAAAUUAGAAAUUAAAGUAA